AAUUUAUGAGAAUAACAAUGUGUAAUCAAUUUUAAAACAUACAAAAAAGAUAUUAUCGAUCUUAAAUUUUAUUCAACAUCGUACCAAACCGAACCGUUUACACUAUUGUUUAUGACAUUCGACUUUUAAGAGGCAUGUACCACAGAUUUGACAUGCAUGGCCCAUAGCCCUAACUCAGCUGCAGUGACAACUGUGGCUUUUACUCAUGGAAAGGGCAAAACAAAAACGUACAAAAAAUAAAAGAGCAUAUGCGAUUUUCAUUCAAUCCUCAAUGUCGUCCUUGAAACUACUAUUCAUCAAACCCUUCCUCUUGUUGGCCACCAUUACCGUCGUGGUCGGUCAACCAUACUCGUCAGUCUUUAGCUUCGGAGACUCACAUGCCGACACCGGAAAUAUACGAUUCAUUAAUCAGUCUUUCCACUGCCUUUUCCCUCCCUACGGCGAGACCUACUUUCGUCGACCCACAGGCCGUUGUUCCGAUGGCCGUCUUGUCAUAGACUUCAUCGCCGAAUCUCUUGGACUGCCAAUAUGGGUACAGCCGUACCUUGGGAUUAAGAAUGGGAGUACUUUCACAAGUACUGUUGAAGAUCAGGGUGUGAAUUUUGCUGUCGUGGGAGCAACAGCACUGGACGUGGAAUUUUUUAUAGAAAGGGGAAUUAUCUAUAACGUGGGCAUGAACAACUCUUUAAGAGUUCAAUUGGACUGGUUCAACGAAAUUCUGGCAUCUCUGUGCAACACAUCUUCAAAGUGCAAUGAAAUGUUUGGAUCCUCUGUGUUUCUGAUGGGAGAGAUUGGAGGUAACGACUACAAUUAUCCAUUCUUUCUAAAAAGAAGCAUGGAAGAGAUUCGGACAUUCGUGCCGCUAGUGAUUAAAGCAAUCGCUUCAGCCAUCUAUGAGUUGAUUGAUCUUGGGGCGGUGACUCUCAUGGUUCCUGGGAACCUACCAAUUGGGUGCUCUGCAGCCUACCUAACAUAUUAUGAGACUGCUGAUAAGGAAGAAUAUGACCCUGCAACCGGCUGUCUAAAUUGGUUAAACAAGUUUGCUGAGUACCACAAUGAUCAGCUUCAGAAAGAACUAAGUAGAAUUCAGGCUCAACAUCCUCAAACCAACAUCAUCUACGCGGAUUAUUACAAUGCCGCAACGCGUUUGUACAGUUCUCCAAGCCAAUUUGGGUUUAAAAAAACACUGACGGCAUGCUGUGGAAGAGGAGGGCCAUACAAUUACAACAAAUCGGCGGUAUGUGGGAAUCCAGGGGUGAGUGCUUGUGUCGAACCUUCGCAGUAUGUUAACUGGGAUGGCAUACACCUCACAGAAGCUGCAUAUAAAUUGAUUACCCAAGCUUUGCUACAAGCGCCCAUGCACACCAUACCUCGAAGUAGGUUUUAAGAUUCCUAAUAAUUUUCUGCCGACAAGAAGUUUCUCCAAUUGAAGAGAUAUAUUAGGCAAUUAUGCAUUGGACACGUUUCUUUGUGAAGUACUUGAUCAUGUAUGCGUUUUGAAGCUUUUGUAAUUUGUUGGGAGUAUUAGGUUUGUUUUUUGAUGCCUAGGAUUUGUUUCUUUUUUAUUAUUUGUAAUUCUCAUGCGUUUAAAUGUAACUACGGUUAUCCUUUAUCA